AUGAAUGAUGGGCAAACAGAUGCUUCUAGGCCCCCAAAGAGACCACUAGAUCAAGAUGAAGAACAAUCAAAGCAUAUCAAAAGAACCAAAACAACCAUAUUAUCACUACCAAAUGAAUGUCUAAGAAGAAUAACACGUCAUUUGUCACAAAAGGAUACACUUUCGUUGCUAUAUUCAAACUCACAUUUUGAAAGAUCAUGUAAAGCUAGAUUAUACAGAAAAAUUAUUCUUUCUGAAUAUCCAAUGUAUGAUUUGAAGGAAUUGGCUGAAAAGAAAAAAAUCACCAUGGUAUCUAGUGGAAUCAUGAUGCUAUCUGGUGGUAAGAUUCUAAAGUUUUUCGAAAUGUUUCACAAUAAUAGAAAACAAGGUGUGAAUCCAGAUUUGGCUAAAUACGUUGAAGAAAUCAUAACUUAUGAACACUUCGAAAAGGAUCCAGGAGUUAGCACUAUUUAUUCAAUGAUGUCAGAGAUGAGAUUUAAAAAAUACAUGAGAAAUGUUUGGAAUGAUGUUCUAAGCAGUUUUAUGGAUCUUGAAGUGUUCAUUGCACCCAGACUACCACUAGAAAAGCUCUUUCAACUCAAUAAUCACAUCCUUUCAAACUUACAAAAAAUUUCAAUCUGUAUUGAAGGUAAUAAUACAUAUGGAAUAUCACGUUACAAUGUUGAGCUACCAAAUUUGAAGGUCUUGAAACUAUACACGCUACCCAUAGAUAAUAAGGUCUAUAGAUCAAAAGCAAGCAUUGAAAGACUAUUAAUGGUCGCAGAACUGUUGAUUUCUAAUGGAUCAACAAAUAAUACAAAUUUAGAGGAACUAGAGUUGAAUGGAUCAUUUCGCUCACAUGAUAUGAAAACCAGAAAGAAUUUUCAGGGACUGAAAGAUAAUGGAUCUGACCUUAUGCAAUCAUAUAUAUCAGGCUUUAAAAGUGCAGCGUUGGGUCGUUGUCAGAACCUUAAACCUUACUAUACUUCGAAUAAUUUGGAUUAUGCAAGUGAUAAUGAACCGUUUUAUGAUCGCUCAGAUGAUGAAGCUGACGAAGAAGGUGAAAAUGAAGAUGAUCAUGAUGAAAUUUUUGAUGAUUUGGUUUCCAAGUAUGGUGCGAUGGAUAGACGUGGGAGAUCUAUUCAAAAAGAAGUAUACAUAAAUGAAGCUUGGAAAUUCAAUUCUGAUAACCUAAAGGAUACAUUGUAUGGGUUGAGAAAUGCCUAUUUUCAAUACCCUCAAUUUGAGAAUGACAUCAAGCGCUCUGAAUUCUUAUCAACUUUUGUUUCAGCAUUAUUUCAAAAGGAUAUAAAGCUAUUAAACUUGAAAAAAUUAUCAAUUGUUAAUAUGGGAUUCACUAAAAGUAUUUUUCAAGAUAAUAACGGAUCAUUUCAAAAUGAGCUCAGUUCUGUUAUUCCAAAUAUGCAUAAACUUGAAGAACUAGAUAUUAGAAAUGUCACCCAAGAUUGUUACAUAUUUGAUCCCGCGUUUCCAGAGGAUGAUUUCCCACUUGAUGAUAAUGAAUUGCUCGAGUUUCUUGAAGAUACUGGAUAUCCAUCAUUGAUGAAUUUCUUCACAAACCAUUCAACGGUACCUCAAAUUUAUGAAAAUUUAAAGAAAUUGGUGUUCUUUGUCAAUCCAUAUCUAGGAUAUAUUGAAGAAGUUUAUAUCAACGAAAAUCCUUAUUUGAAAUUUAAUUCACAGCUACCAGAUUUCUUCCAGAAAACCCCAAAUCUAGAGGAGCUUAUUAUCUUUGGACCCCAGGAAACUAGAUUGAAACAUAUUUAUAGAAUGAUCAAGCAAUCACCUGUAAGAAUGACAUUGAAGAAUCUAACAUAUCAUGAAACACAAUGGAUAUCCAAAAUAUAUUCCAAAAUUUUGAAUGCAAGAAUAUACAGAAAAUUUCAUAAACAUUUAAAUCUAAAGAUAUUAAAUGAUUAUUAUGAAGCAUGUUCAAAAAAACUUACAAAUCAUUUUUUAAUAACAACUACUGUGGAUAGCUAUAAUCCUGAUAAUGAAAUUGAUAAAUUUGGCAAAAAUCAUAAAGAUACAUUGUUUUUCAAAGAAGAAUUUCUUUAUUUAUUUGGUAAAGAUGCUAGAAGAUUUUUCAAGAUUUGUCCACAACUUGAAGAGUUUACACUUUAUGGAUUUACGUUCCAAAAGAAUAUAAAUAUUUUGAUUUGA